AUGUUUCCAAAUGUUGAAGAAAUAAUUCUUAAUGGUGUAUAUAGUAUUAAUACAAUUUUUGCAUAUUCGAAUAUUAAAUCAAUUAAUUUAGAAACUGUCUAUCUAAUAUCAUCGUAUAGCUUUUACAGCUGUAAAAAUCUCAAAAAUGUUAAUUUAAGAUGGUGUAACGUAAUUUCAGAAUUUGCAUUUGCAAACUCUGGAAUUGAAGGGAAGAUCAUACUUGGUUCAGUUACAUUAUAUAAAUGUGCAUUUUUAAAUACCAAUAUUGAAGAAAUUGAUGCUCAGUCCCUAACUUAUUCUGAAGAUUCAGAUUAUUAUUCAUCAGAUAUGGACAAAAUUGAUGUAUUUGCUGGCUGUUACAAACUAAAAAGAGCAAUAAUAAGAGAAAGUCUUGAUUUUUCCAUAUUUGCCGGAGCUGAUAAUUUAAACGGAAUUCAAAUUGAUAAAUUUGAUUCUUUGUAUGAAUAUCCGCUAUUAUAUGAUAGAGAUAGAACAACACUCAUUUCUUGUUUUCCAUCUGGUAAAAUAAAGGAAAUUACAGUUCCUCAAUCUGUUCAAAGAUUAGAAUAUGGUUUUAAAUAUUGCAAAUUCAUCGAAAAAAUUACAAUUCUGUCACAAAAUAUUUAUAGUUUUAGAAAGUAUACAUUUAAAGAGUGCACAAAUCUUAAAUAA